AUGGUGGAGCAAGAUAAUGGGCCUUCACAGAAAUUGCUCAAGACACAAUACGAUGCCGUCUUCCACUUAAAGGACGAAAAUGGCAUAGAAAUAUAUCCGAUAUUCAAUGUACUGCCACCCAAGAAGGAAUAUCCGGACUAUUACAUUAUAAUAAAGAACCCGGUAUCUUUAAACACUUUGAAAAAGCGAUUACCUCACUAUACGUCUCCGCAAGAUUUCAUUAACGAUUUUGCUCAAAUUCCUUGGAACGCAAUGACGUACAAUGCGAAGGACUCGGUAAUUUAUAAAUAUGCUACCAUACUAGAGUCUUUCAUCAAAGAGAAAGUCAUACUCAAUCUAAGAAAGUACUACCCAGAUUUAAAAUAUCCCUCUUUAGGCCAGAUUCCGGAAGUAUCAGGUGAGGCAAUACAACAAUCCAAUAUGUCCCCGAAUAUCGCUAAUAUAAAGGCAAACGACAAUAGACCUGAAUUACAUUCGGAAGUAAAGGCAGCUUUUGCCAAACUGGAUAAUUCUAUUAUUGAUAAGGCACAACCAAGCCAAGCUUACAGAGAACAAAAAAGUCUACCAGCACUCCCAACACACUCUGCCUCCAUUACCCCGCAACAAUUGGCUUCGCCCACUCCAGUCGUUAAUUAUACAAACAACAACAUUGCACAUCCAAAGACCCAUGUCAGGCGUGGUAGGCCACCAGUCAUUGAUCUACCCUAUGUUUUGAGAAUCAAGAAUAUUUUAAAGAUGCUUAGAAGAGAAGUCGACCAAAACAAUAAGACGCUUACUCUGUAUUUUGAAAAAUUACCAGACAGGAAUGAUGAGCCAACUUACUAUUCUGUCAUAACAGAUCCUAUCUGCUUGAUGGAUAUUAAGAAAAAAGUCAAAUCCAGAAAAUAUAAAAACUUCAAUAGUUUUGAAAAUGAUUUCCAGCUAAUGUUAACGAAUUUUAAGAUAUACUACUCCCAAGAUCAAAGCAAUAUAAUAAGAGCUCAGCUAUUGGAAAAAAACUUCAACAGGUUAGUGAGAAUCGAAUUAUCCAAACCCGACGAAGACUAUCUACCUGAAGGCGAAUUAAGAUAUCCUUUGGAUGAAAUUGAAAUUAAUGACGAAAGGUACCAAAUAGGUGAUUGGGUUCUUUUAUCAAACCCAAAUGACAUAAACAAACCUAUUGUAGGUCAAAUUUUCAGAUUAUGGUCAACUACAGAUGGUAAUAAAUGGCUGAAUGCUUGUUGGUAUUUUAGGCCAGAACAAACUGUUCAUCGGGUUGAUAGAUUAUUUUAUAAAAACGAAGUCAUGAAAACCGGCCAAUAUAGAGACCACCCUAUUCAGGAUAUAAAGGGAAAGUGCUAUGUUAUUCAUUUCACCAGAUUUCAGCGCGGGGAUCCUAGUUCGAAAGUUAAUGGUCCGCAAUUUGUUUGCGAAUUUCGGUAUAAUGAAAGUGAUAAAGUUUUUAACAAAAUCAGAACCUGGAAAGCUUGUUUACCCGAGGAGCUCCGUGACCAAGAUGAAGCCACAAUUCCUGUUAAUGGAAGAAAAUUUUUUAAAUACACUUCUCCAAUAGCAGAUUUAUUGCCACCUAACGGUACUUUGAACGAUAAAAUCCCAGAACCCACAGAAGGUGCACCAACGGCUCCACCUUUAGUUGGCGCGGUAUAUUUAGGCUCUAAAUUAGAGAGGGAUGACCUGGGAGAAUAUUCAACUUCUGAUGAUUGCCCGCGGUAUAUAAUAAGACCAGAUGAUCCACCAGAAGAAGGCAAGAUCGAUUACGAGACAGGAACAAUCAUCACCGACACUUUAACCACAGGCGGUAUGCCCAAAGUGAACAGCUCUUCUACAAUGCGUUUGCCUACUUUAAAGCAAACAAAAACAAUUUCCAAUUCAAAUUUUGGUUCUUCAUCAAAUAUUUCACUGUUGAAUCAGAAUUUUAAUCAUUCUUCCAACUUUUUGAAAUUGGAGAAUAUGAGUAAUAAUACACAUAGCUUAUUAUCACAUCCUUCCAUUUCUAAAUUUCAAUCUCCGACGUUAAUAGAACAAGUCAAUCGCUCAAAAAAUCAUAUUUCGAAGAAACACGGACAUGCAUCCUCAGCGGCUACUAAGAAGUCUGCAUCCAAAAGUUUUACGUUAACUUCAAUGAUCAACAGCCUAACUGCUCAUACGUCCAAAUAUAACUUUAAUCAUAUUGUUAUCGAAGCUCCCGGUGCAUUUGUAGUUCCUAUACCAAUGCAAAAAAACAUCAAUACCAUACAAUCAACAGAACACGCCAGCAGAACAAGACCAAAAAACCCUCAAAGUCUCGGUACUACUGUCAUUGAUGAUACCAAUACGCCUGGUGAGCAAAUAAUAUGGUUUAAAGGUCCCGGUGUGAAAAUUUCUGAAAGAAUUAUUGAUUCUGGAAACGAUCUAGUACGAGUACCUUUGAAUGGAUGGUUUUGUAAAAAUAAAAUGAAGAACUUAGAUUACGAAGAAAUUGAAGAAGACAUUAUAGAACCAUUAAAUGACACUAGCGAUGAUAUGAUAGCCCAUAUUUUCAAUCCUCCCUCAAAUUUAAAUUUAGACAUGGAUUUGAAUUUGAGUCCCUCUUCGAAUAACUCUACCAAUUUUAUAGAUUUUAGUACAAUGGCAAACGGUGAGGACGAUGGGAAGGAAAGCGACACAGCAGAAGAAACUGAAGAUGAAGAUGAAGACACAGACGACGAGCAUAAUAUGGAAGACGUCCCAACAACCUCAGCUUUUGGCUUAAAUUCAUCCGCUGAAUAUCUUGCAUUUAGACUACGAGAGCUCAACAAAUGA